AGAGCCUUCCCACCCUGAAGCAGACGGAACUCAGCCCCACCGUGGCCUGGCCCAGGAAGGCCCGCCGGGGGCCGGCGAUCCCCGCGGGCGGCGGGGCCGUUCCCACGGCAGCGGGCGGCUCCGCCCGGCCCGGCCCGGCCCGGCCCAGGUGCAGCCGGGACAUUUCUGGGCGGCCCGGGGGCGCUGAGGCGUGUUCGUGCUCCGCGCCUCGGCCUCGGCCGGCGGUGAGAGGGGCUGGCCCGGAGGCGGGAAGGAGGGCCGGGGGGGCCAGGAUCCAGCCCUCAGGAAGUUUAACCCAACUUUCCGCUGAGUCCGCGGGGCGCCGGGGGCGGUGUCCAGGCUCGACUUUGAGCCCGGCGGCCGCGCCGAGGUGAGGCCAGCAGGGAAACAACAGGCAAAAUGACAGCUGUGAAAUAUGAACAAGCCACCCAGCCGAGAGAAUCAUCUGGCUCUCCAACAACUGAAGAGGCCACAGUAAAGAUUGAUAAUGGUCGUGAUGAAAAUAAUGGACCAGACAGCUGUUCCAAUGCAACUAGGAGAAAAAUUGCCCCGUUUGUGAUGUCAUUUGGAUUCAGAGUAUUUGGAGUUGUACUUAUCAUUGUGGACAUUAUAGUUGUGAUUCUGGAUCUGGCUAUCAGUGAGAGAAAGAAGAGUACAGAGAUUCCUGAAGGUGUUUCCCUGGCAAUAGCCCUCUUCUUUCUUAUUGAUGUUCUCCUGAGAGUGUUUGUUGAAGGCUUCAGGAACUAUUUCCGGUCCAAACUGAAUAUUUUGGAUGCGUGUAUAGUGGUGGGCACCCUGUUAAUUAAUUUGACGUACUUCUUCUUAGACCUUGAUGCAGCAGGGGAGAUACCAAGAAUGGUUAUUUUCCUCCGAAUUCUGAGAAUUGUCAUCUUGAUAAGAGUCUUUCGUCUGGCUUCACAAAAGAAGCAACUUGAAAUGGUGACCAGGAGAAUGGUCUCUGAAAACAAAAGACGUUAUAUGAAAGAUGGCUUUGAUCUGGAUCUCACUUAUAUUACUGAUCGAAUUAUUGCAAUGUCAUUUCCGUCUUCUGGGAAGCAGUCUUUCUACAGGAAUCCCAUAAAGGAAGUUGCAAGAUUUUUGGACACCAAACAUCCAGACCACUAUAAAGUCUACAAUCUCUGCAGUGAAAAAGGCUAUGACCCCAAGUACUUUCACUACAGGGUGGAAAGGAUCUUCAUUGAUGACCACAAUGUCCCAGCACUGCAGGACAUGCUGAAAUUCACUGCCAGUGUCCGGGAAUGGAUGAGUCAGGAUGAGAAGAACAUUGUAGCAAUUCACUGUAAAGGAGGCAAAGGCAGGACUGGAACAAUGGUCUGUACCUGGCUCAUAGACAGUGACCAGUUUGAGAGCGCAAAGGAAAGUUUGGACUACUUUGGGGAGAGAAGAACUGACAGAAGCACAAGUACGAAGUUUCAAGGAGUUGAAACUCCCUCCCAGAGUAGGUAUGUUGGGUAUUAUGAGAUCCUGAAAAACAAGUAUAACUUGAAACUCCCACCAGAGAGACAACUCAAAAUAAAAAAUCUCAAAAUCCACACUAUGCAUGGAGUUGGGAAGGGCAAUGGAACUGAUAUGAAGGUGCAGAUAAUAACAAGGAAGCAAGUUGUACUACAGUGUGUAUGUGCCAAUCAAAAAAACUGCAAGCUCUUCUUUGAUUCUGAAAGUGACUCUGUAGUGAUUGGCUUGGAAGAUUGCCCUGUCGUAAGUGGUGAUGUGAAAAUCAGAUUUGAAUGCAAUUCUGCUCUCCCAAAAGGCUAUGAUGACUGCCCAUUCUUUUUCUGGUUCAACACUUCCUUUAUUGAAAAUAACAGACUCUACCUUCCCAGGAAUGAGCUGGAUAACCCUCACAAAUCUAAAACGUGGAAAAUCUAUAGUGAGUCAUUUGCUGUGGAGGUGAACUUUAUUGAUCCAUAAGGGAAAUCUGAAAGAAGGGAAACAUGAUGUCUUGCUGUUUCAGUAUAAACUGAAGCAGUGUCAUUUGGAUGUAUUUAAUGUAUUUCUAUGUAGAUACAACAUCUCAAAUAAAGUUACAUGAAGUUCUGUUGUGCAGGGCAAAAAUA